GCCUUUCUCGUUAAACGUCUCUCAAAUGUGGGGACUCUCUUGUUUCAUCUUCCCAAAACUUUGAGCACAAAAAUGGCAUCAGCACUUGUCAGAGGUGGGCGAUCCAAGCCACACUUAGCUAUAGUCCGUCACUCCUCUACCCUAACCACCACCACGAAAGCGUCGCACCACAAAGAGCACAGCCAAAACCAAGUAUACCUAAAACCAACGACAUAAUAGGGAGUUGGUCACCCCAAAAGACCCUAAAGAAGCCGAAGCAAAACUCGCUCUUCUCCGACGCGACUACGCCAAGCAAGUCAAGGAACUCCGCAAGCAGUACAUUCACGAGAUGGAGCUCCAGAGGCAAGAGCAGUUGCGCAAAGACGAGGCCCGGAAAGUUGAGAUUCUUCGACAAAGGGAAGAACGCAACAAAUCUAAGGCUGCUGCUGCUCAGGCUCGUGCCGCCGAGCGCAAGGCGUUUGAGGAGGAGUUCCGCCAUACCCUGAUGAAAGAAAGAGCACAGAAGCUUGAUUAUUGGAGAAUGAGACAAAAAGCAAUAGAGGAAAGAAAGAAGAGCAAAACAGAGCUCAUCCGUCAGCAAAGUUCCAUGUGGAUUGAGGAGGAGAAGUUAAACCUCGAGAUAUGAUACAUACACAAGGUUUAUGUGGGGACUAUAUCCACAAGUGUUCUUAUUGGCUAAUUAUAGUGAGGUCCAAAAUUCACUAUUUUCAAAUUUUCAUUUGAAUUUCAAAUCAUAAAUUUGAAAUUUUUUGAAUUUGAAGUUCAAAUUUUAUGAGGAUCCCAAAAACGAUUCAAUUUAACAAUGUCUAAUGCAUUUUUUUUCUCUCUA